ACGUGCUUGUGACAGGGGCUGACCAAAUUAUACGUAUGCUUCUCGGCAAUGCUUUAGUAGCGUCAACUUGGCUUCCAUUUCAGCCUUUUGAACUCCGGAUACAGGGUUGUUCACCGCGCAGUCUGCUGUGACGCAGUAACACCCCCGACCGUGGAACAUUCCAAGGCUUCCAGAAGUGAACAGGAAACAUUCGAGCCCGUACCUUCUUUCGCCAGCUUCAGAGACACUCCUUCAACGACGCCUGUCACGUCCGGAACGCUAUUGUUGCUAUAACACCAGAUUCUAUCGAAACGCAAACCAACGCGGAAGCGGUACCUGACCUUCGCGACCAAUCAAGCUCCCGUCCCGUCUGUGGACUCAGCGGACUUGCCAGAUUCGGCUAUCCAAGCUCUCAAUGGCAGCGGCAGCGGCACCGGAUUCGCUGCGACCGUUGUGCGCGCCAAAUGCUGCACCACGAUGUCAAGAUAAGGCGGUAUUUUUGCAACGCUAUAUGGCACUCCACUCUCAACAGAGCAAGAUCCGCCGCCGGUUAUCAAAUAGCUCGUCACCGCCUGCCUCACCCAAGUCACUCGCUACAUCAUCUCCAACGAUGUCGGCUUCGGACGUAAGCUCCACAGACUCAUCACCUACUCUCGGUGGACGGCAAUCAUUCUCCCAGAUGUCGCCACCCACAUUCGCCCUACCAAAACCUGCCACGACUCCGACCAUGCGGAAAUCAAACUCUCGCUCGCCGUCCAUGUCGCCCAUACCCGAAGACGGGACGCUGGACGUUCCGGAGGCCUAUCACGCCGUAUCAUUCUCGCCAGACGAAGACAGACUGUUCGGCGUCAACCAUGACAUCAAGUCUACGCUUACCGAUUUGCUCAACUGCGAAGCCGUACGCAAUGACAGCCGCAUGAGGAUGUGGGUGCAAACGCGGUUGAUGGAUGCUGAGCUGGAGCUCAAGAGGCAGCGGAGACGGCGAGUCAGCACUCCAGCCAUCGUGCUGAGUCCGAGUGACGGCGGGGAUGAACGAAGGGUCAGUGUGUGAGCGUGAUUGGGACUAUCUAUCAGUACAGCAACUGGUGCGCUGCGAUUAUUGUCGUUGGGAUUAGCGGGUCGGUGUUGGAAGGCGAUAUGAAGCAUUGGCUUAUUCGAAGCAUCUCGAUA